CAACCCAACCCCCAUACUCAAAAGAGAGUCGAUCAGAGACGAAAAAACUUCGUACACGUCCCCGAAUCUCCCCUCUCUCCGAUCUCGAAUCGCUUCCUCCUUUCCCCAAACCCUAGGGCACAAAAAGAAAAGGGGAGGGGGGAAAAACUUUUGAUCGAUCGAUAGAUAGAUCGGCCAUGGGAUUCUGGGUGACGACCCUCAUCUUCGUCCUCGCUGGCGUCGUCGCCUGCCUCUCUGCUCUCCUCUGCUGCAACCGCGGCUCUUCAACGAAUCUGUUCCAUCUGACAUUGUUGAUCACAGCAACUAUUUGUUGUUGGAUGAUGUGGGCAAUUGUAUAUCUCGCGCAGAUGAGGCCGCUAAUUGUUCCUGUUCUUAGUGAAGAGUGAGAUGGUUCUCAGGGAUAGUAAAAGCAUGAUCUUAUAUCUUGUAAUUCCAUUUUAACUGUCGUCAUUCAGCAGACAAAAUAUGUCUCAUUUCCGGCAUAUUGCUGUAAGAACCAGAUAAUUCUUUAUUUCUGCUCUGAGCCCUUUAGAGAGUGUUACCUCUUUAAUAAUUUGGGCAUUGAAGUUUCAUGAUUGUAUGUGAUAAUAAUCAAUUCCCCGCUGUUUAUAUAGCUCUGCCUCUUGAUUCUGGGGGAUUUUAGAUUAGCUUUACGUUUGCAAAUCAUUGUAUCUCAUGUCACUGGAAUGUGAAUUCAUUGGGAGUAUGAAUACAUAUGUGGGUUUUUUCUGUU